UCAUUUUAAUGACAUUUUGGUAUGGUUUAAGUUGUAACAGUCAUGCAAUUUUUGACUGCUUUGCAUAAAAAUCGAGCAUAUGAGAACACAUGCACCAUGAUAUAAACAAUUGUAUGGACGCUCUUACCAGAGCUACAUUAUGGGGUUUGGUCUAUCGUUCUCAUAACAAUAGAUGUCUUUGAUGUCAUUCAUUCCGUUUCUCUUGUGGGGUUAUUUUCUGCAUUGUGGGGUUAAAACGAACAAAAGAAAUAACAAUAGAAAACCCCAUAAUGUAGCUCUGGUAAGAACGUCCGUCCUUCCGUCUGUCAGUACGAGGUUAACCUGGAACGGCAAGUUGGAUUUUUCUUAAGUUCUACCUGUAACAAUGGCUUCUUAGUUUACACACUUACUAAUCAAUACAAAGUACAUGAUCUGGUUAAGUUACAUAACUAUGGCUUCCAUAUUUACCAAGUUAUUGCCCUUUUCAGCACUUAGAAAAUGAAUAAUGGUUAACCUGAAACGGCAAGUUGGAAAUAUCUUGAGUUCUAUCUAUACUAAUGGUUUUAUAAUUUCCACACUUACUUAUCAAUACAAAGUACAUGAUAUUGCCAAGUUUUAUAACCGUGUCAUCCAUAUUUCCCAGUUAUUUCCCCUUUUCACUUUGAAAAUAGGGCCUUCUCUGGUUAACCUAUUCCGGCAAGUUGGAUUUAUCGGAAAUUUCUCUUAAUUGCUUAAUUUAUUUAAUGAUAUCUUGCAUAUUUUGUAGGUGGAUACCUUUAAAGGUCCUCUAAUUUUUUGUGAAGUAAGUGGUCUCUAGGGUCAAAGUCAAGGUCACUGGUUAAGAAAAUAAAUUUAAACAUUUUGCUCAUACAGUCUUUAUUUUUUGAUGGAUGUCUUUCAUUUUUAAUACAAACAUGCCAAUGGAGGUCCUCCUUCUUUGGGUAUAGUAAGGGGUCAUUUGAGUCAAGGGCAAUAUCACCAAUGUCAAGGUCACCAAUGUUAAAAAUAGAUUUUUACAUUUUUAAAGGUGUUUACCAUAUUCUAUAGAUAGAUGUCAUUUAUAAUUGAUAGGAACAUAAGAUUUGAUGGAGUAAGUGGUCGGUCGGGUCAAGGUAACCAGUGCUAAAAAUAGAUUUUUACUCUUUUGCUUAUACAGCCUUUAUUUAUUGACAGAUAUAUUUCAUAUUUGGUAGGAAGAUAACUUGCAUGGUAUUCAUACUUUUUAUUGGGGUAGGGAUCAGUGGGUCAAUUUCACUUGUGCUAAAAAUAGAUUUUUUACACUUUUGCCCAUACAGGCUUUAUUUAUUGACAGAUAUAUUUCAUAUUUGGUAGGAAGAUAGCUUGCAUGGUAUUCUUCCUUUGGAUGGAGUUAGGAGGUCAGUUUGGUCAAGGUCAUCGAUGCUCAAAAAAGAUUUUAACAUUUUUGCCCAUACAGCCUUUAUUUAUUGACAGGUGCAUAAUAUUUGGUAGGAAGAUAACUUGCAUGAUAUUCUAUAGUUGUCAGUUAGUCAAGGUUAAGGGUGCCAAGUAUAGAUUUCUUACAUUUAUAUAUAUUUGAUAAAGUUGAAUAUUUAACACUUCACAAGUCAUAGCAAUGACUUGGCAACUAAUACAUUUCACAAUUACAAAAUACCAUGACUCUGUCAAGCUAUAUAACUUGUGUUUACAAUAUUUUGGCAAUGUUUCUGUCUAUAACUGAGUGAAUGGGUAAACAUUUUUUGAAAUAUUGCUACUGACAAGAAUCGGAGACGGGGGUAUUUGUGUUUAACAAACACGUUCUUGCUUAAUGAGCAAGUGGGAGAUAUUUUUCUCCUAAAAGAGGGAGAUUUUAGAAUUUGUAAUACACAAAGAAGGAAGUUCUGACAUCAAAAAGAAGGACAUUUCUUUAAUUUGUGAAAAUACCCCUUAUUUUACGAAAAAUCUUUGAAAAUAUGCCUGAAAAGAGAUGGAGUCUUCUGCUUAAAGAGCGAGAGAGAGUUCACAUGUAUGUUUUUUCCAUUAUGUUAAUUUUGUUUGAAGAGCUAUGAAUGUGUUCUUUACUCAAGAUUUGAUUGUUUAUUUCAAAAUAUAAAUCAGCGACCAUCAUUAGAGGGUCUACCUACUUGUAUCCAUUGGACAUAUGGAAGUUGUUGUUAUUUUAAAUGUCUUGUUUAUAAAAUUAUUCAUUAACUUAUUUUUAAAAACUUAUAUGGAUAAUCUUAUUUGUAAACUUAUAUUCCUAAACUUAUGUGUAAACUUAUAUUCAUAAACUUAUAUUCAUAAACUUGUAUUCAUGAACUUGUAUUCAUUAAUCUAUUCAUAUACUUAUUCAUAAACUUGUAUUGAUAACCUUUUUCAUUCACUUUUUGAUGAACUUGUAUUCAUUAUCUUUUUCAUACACUUAUUCAUAAACUUAUUUGUACACUUGCAACCAAGUCUGUAUUAACACAACAGCAUAGUUUACUUUACUUCCUUAAAUGGUUUGACUACUUUUUUUCUGAGAGAUUUUGUGAAGUGAUAGUCAGAUAAACUGCCCACUUGUUUAACUUCCUGCAUUUAUAAAAUGACUUGUACAGAUAAAGUAAACAAUGUUGUUCUCCGUACAGUCUAUUGUACUGCAACGUUAGAUACCAGUGUAUGUUAUAUAAGAGAAUGUAAAACAGUGAAUAAAUUAGAAAAUGUGUACAUGUACAUACAUUGUAAUUUUAUAAAUUAUGAUGAAAUAUUAUUUUGGAAUUACGUUUAACACAUGCAAGACUAGAAGAAAUUAACAAUGACAGGAACUGAUCAGACAACUCAACAUUAAAGUAUGCCUCCUACCAGUAUUGUGUGUAUUCCAGAUAUCUCGAAAGAGGUAUCUGGAGAUGGGAGAGUUCAGAUUGACUUCCUACUUCCUAACGGGGUGUUUUUACAGCUGGAUGUUGACUUCCAUAAACCACUAGAUCUACUUAAACAGGCUUUGUGGGAGUCAGCACAGAACUAUCCGUUGUUUGGCAGAUUAAAAGGAAAAGAUUACUACUGCUUUGAAUUCCUCAAUAGAAAUGGAGAAAAGGAGGAGGUUACAGAUGAAAGUUUCCGCCUCAGUGACCUUCGACCAAUCGGAAAGUUUCUCCGCCUCCAAGAGAGACAGGAUAUUGAAGGAUAUCAGACAAUUGACAGACAGAUCUCGAGUCUUCUAGGCAGUAAACUUACCAUGGAAAUGUAUGCCAUGCCAAGAGUAGAGGUAGACGAUUUUAGGAAAAGGAUGUACAGUUUUGCCCUAAGCAAAGUGCCACAAAAUGAUUUCCACGCAUUAUUUGAGAACAGGUAUCCUUUACAACUUCGUAGUACCGAUCACUUGCCGGAUGAACUGAAGAAAAAACUGAACAACGGUUACCUUGUCGUCUCCGUACGAAUACAAGAAGCCAAUAAGCAAAAGUUUCUGAUUCAAUCACAUGUAACAGAAUUUGCCCUGUAA